UUCUUUUUUUCUUUUUUUUUUAAAAAAAAAUAUGUGUACCAUUUCAUGGAAUUGUUUUGAAGUCAAGAAAAGAAGUAAGAAAUAUUGAAGCAAAAGCAAUAUAUAGCACUAAAUAAAAGGGGUCAAAAUGCGAAAGGAAAUUCAAGAUUGUAAGGAGAAAUAUUUGAAUUGAAGAAGAUAUGAGUACUCUUCAAAGUGUUGGGAGCAGUGGAAGAACAUCAAUGACUGAUCAGGACAAUAAUGAUGAAGAUCAAGAGAUGACAAAAUUGGCAUUGGCUUCAUUUCGAGCAAGAGAAGAAGAAAUUGAGAGGAAAAAAUUGGAGGUGAAAGGAAGAGUUGAGUCUCAACUUAGCCGUGCUGAGGAAGAAACCAAGCGUUUGGUUCGUGUCUGGGAGGAGCUUGAAGUGUUGACAGAUCCAAUGAGAAAGGAAGUUGCAAUGGUACGCAAGAAAAUUGAUGUGGUAAACCGUGAAAUUAAGUCACUUGGACAGACCUGUCAAAAGAAGGAGAAAGAAUACAGAGAAGUAUUAGAGGCUUUCAAUGAAAAGAACAAUGAAAAAACUCAGCUAACAUCCACUCUUGUAGAGCUGGUUAAGGAAAGUGAGAAAUUCAGAAUGGGGAAACUGGAGGAGCUGAGCAAAAUUUUAAAUCCCAAACGCUAGUAACGUUAAACUCCAGAAUUGGCCAUUGUUGACAUUAUAGAAUGAUCCGCAUAUUUUCUAUGUAUCAUACAGACCAAUUUAUUUUAACUUUGACUUUAUAUCCCUUCAAAUAAUGUAUAAAUUUUCCUUCCUUCGAUUUGAUUUUUGCCGUUGCUGAGAGAUUGUUUGUAAGGCAAAAACGAAAGAAAAGAAAAGAGUGAGGUGAGAGUUUGUUUCUUUUGCAGUUUCGUCAUGUCUAUUUCACUGCUGUAAAUCUCAGUAUCUUAAUAAAUGUCUAUUUUAAGCGUCAA